AUGGGCUCUAUCUUAAACAUCCCUGCGCCUUUCCCCAACUCUUCAUACGCAGUCAAUCUUUACGGUCCUUCAAUUUCAUGCGACACUCCCAAGAAUCGUACAUUUACAGACAAAGUAAGCGAGGUCAUCGCGAGGUACUCCAAGUUGGACGGGAACAUAACAUACGUCGGCUUUGUGCCCACGUGUCGUCCCGAGACGACGACGACGGAAGGUUGUGCUAUCAGAGGGCUUGAUAAAGCUUUGGACGAUAGUCUGGUUGAUACGGCCCCAACACUUGACAGCACUGCUGAGGACAUAUAUUAUUCAGGAUCUAGCCAAGUCAGCCCUGCUACAUUCUACGUUGUCACGCCAGACGGCCAGGGCGAGCAAGCUAAGAACACAGUUAAAUGCGAGCUCUACAACUCAUCAUACUCUAUUAAUUUCACAUUCGACAACGGCCUGCAGGACAUCAAAUACGACAUUGAAAAACUGAACGGAGUAUCAAUCUUGGACGCUGCACAGCGCACGAGGAUAGGAUCUACUACACUUGUCGAGUCUCCAGAUAUGCAUCAUUUGUAUCGAGAGAAACCAAAGUCUCCGAUAAAGUACAUGUCUAUGGGUGAUACAUUGGAAGAGCUUUUUGCAAAUGUGACGAUAAGCAUUUUCAGCGACGUUCAGUUUCUGCAAAAUGAUACUGUAGCAUCUUACGGUCCUAUCACUCGCUUCUCAGCACAGAACGCCUUCUCGUAUGAGCCUCGAAACCUGUUUAUUGCAUACGGUAUAGGAAUAUUGUUCUCUAUGAUCAUUGUCAUCUAUGGCCUGUUAUGCAUCAGAUCUGCUUCGGCAUCAUAUGCCAACUCCUUCUCGACUAUUGUGCGGACAACAAGGAAUCCAGGUCUUGACGCUGUGGUCCCCAAUGCGGAAACGUCAGGGGCGGAGCCUCUGUCCAAGAAUAUUGGAAAAAUUCGACUGAAGUUGCGACGGCAAGGAAAGGGAUUAGAAGGUGGCAGUGAUGAAGCUACUUUCUUUGCUGUUGAACUGAAGUCAGAUGAUGGGAAUGGAACACGGGAAGCUGCUCCGACUGAGUCAUUGCUGAAGCAGAACAUGCGAAACCAGCACUCAGAUACGGAUGAGAUAUCGAAUACGCAAGGAAGUGCGGAUGUUAAUCUCCAGCAGAGAAAGGAUAAUCGUGAGGAUUAG